AACGGGGAUAAUAUCUCCGCAUCCUUCUCCCCCUAAGCUCCGGCCCCACUGCCAUGAGGCAGAAUACAGCCACACAACCCGCCGCCGUACUAUAUCUAGCGUGUAUGAUAUCUCCGACCUACUACGGAUUUUGCGGAUUCCUUCUUAGCCGUGAGAAUGGAGUCUUUACAUCUAGGUAUGAUAAAGCUUCUCCCCAUUUCUAUAACUGCUGUAUAGAAAAAACGAGCCUUUGGACGAAUCCUAUACUUCCAUGGCUAGCAUUGACAUUGGCCGUAAAAAGGUGGAAAAGAGAAACCGGCCACCUGUUUCUUGUGAGCCAUGUCGGACUAGAAAGCUGAAAUGCAAUCGGGGUUCACCAUGCGACUCCUGUAUAAGACGGGAUAAGGCCUCACUUUGUAACUAUGCGGCUAAUGCCAGCCGAAGUGAGCCUAGUAAUAAGAAACCACGCGACUUAAAAGAUAGACUCAAUACUCUAGAGAAUUUAGUGUCUUCUUUACUGUCGGGCGAUGCUGUCGUCCAGCCGGGACUGACUACUAGAGGGGAACUCAUCGUAGCAAAGUCCGAUGGUAUCACAUCACCAGCAAGACAUUAUAAUAAGUCCGCAGAACACGAUUCGAGUUUUACCAGCCAGAGUGCGGGAGAAGAUGCUCUUACCCCUGAGACGCCCCACCUACAGGAAACUGCGGAUGGUCAAGUGAACUAUAUCGAUUCUAACCAUUGGCUAUCUAUCUUGGACGAUAUAAAAGAGGUUCGAGAGCACUUAUUAGCAUCAAGUCAGCCUGUAUCACGGAAUGAGAAAGGGGUUACUACAGAUCGCGUGGUAUUGGACGCCAGUUUUCUGCUAAGCUCAGACCAAAUUUCGAGUCUCGGCGAGAUUCUAAGCUCGUUGCCAUCUCAACCUAUCUGCGACAUGUUACUUUCUUGGUAUUUCGGUUCCCGGUUCAUGGUUCUAGGUAUCAUACACCCGGAUAAAUUUCAAAGUGAAUACGCUUCAUUCUGGGAGUCGCCAUCAACAACACCGCCGCUUUGGGUAGCCCUUCUUUUCUCUGUGCUUAGCGUCUCGGUUAGUCUACGAAAGGUAUCGAACGUAAGAGAGCCCGACGGGUUAAUCCCCCAUGUAAGUAUACUACAACAGAGAGCGGUGCAGUGUCUAGUUCUUGGGCGAUAUGCCACUGCUAAUGCACAUGCACUCGAGGCAUUUCUGCUUCACAUCCAAAGCUGCUUUUUCAGCCGCGAAUGUAAUCCAGUUGAUUUGUGGUUCGAAAUGGGCACAACAAUCCGGUUAGCAUUCAGGAUGGGCUAUCACCGCGACCCAAGUAACCUGACCGGCAUCUCCCCUUUCGAUGGGGAGAUGCGGCGGAGAGUUUGGGUUAAUAUAUUUCAAAUAGACGCAUUGGUAUCUUUCCAAAUGGGCUUCCCAAGUAUGAUACCAACCGAGUUUUGCGACACCAAGGUUCCGAGGAAUCUAGAGUACUCCGAUCUCCAUCUCGACAUGACAGCACUACCACCAUCGAGACCCCUUUCUGAGAACACUCACAUCCUUUACCUUAUCGUCAAAGCUAGUGUGAUGGCGGUCUUCAAAAAGAUCGUUGCGAAUACCCAAUCGAUAUCAGUUCCAGCUUACGACGAAACGAUUGGGCUGGACGCUGAAAUGAACCAAGUCUACAGCAUGGUUCCAGAGCUUUUGAAGAGACGGGAUGUCAACCGUUCUUUUAUAGACCAUCCUUGCCUUAUAUGGCAACGAUGUACAAUAGAGAUCCUCUAUCUAAAAGGUCUUAUCAUACUUCAUCGACGAUAUAUCAGUUAUGAGUUAAGAAGUCCUAGAUUUGAACGAUCACGGUACGCAUGCGUUGAAGCAGCUCUCGAUAUCGUUUCCCGGCAGAUAGAUAUACAUAAGGCAUGUGAGCCUGGUGGACGAUUAUACGAGGACCGGUGGAUGUUCUUUUCACUAUCAGUGCAUGAUUUUCUUUUAGCUUCCAUGGUUCUCUGUCUCGACUUGUCCGUCCGCAUGAGAUCUCGAAGUGGAGUCUUGACCGAAAGAAGAGAUACCCAGCAGCUUGCAACUAGAGAGUACCGGGCGCUCCAGGAGUCUCAACAGAUAUGGGAAGUUAACAAAGCAGCCUCACCCGAUGCUCAGACUGCAGCACUCGCGCUUGGCCUGAUGAUCAAGAAGGUUGCACAAAACGAUGUUGGUCUUUCUCUCGCGGAGGAAAAUAUUUCGUCAGGGGUCACGGAUCCCGUUGUCGAUUCAGAAUUGCCAUACGCGGCUACUAUGUCACAGAUGAUCGACGGAUUCGAGAGUAUUGAUUGGAGUCUGCUGGACCAAUAUUUGCAAUUUUAAGCAUGGAACAUACGUCAAGCUUGUUAUAGGGGUUCUAUUCAGUGCCGUGGUAAGAAUUCCCCAAAUAUUACGACUAGGUCACGGGUGAAUACUACAGCGAUUCAAAUUAAUGAAGACACUUAUGUGGUAGCUCUUAUAGGCAGAGUACCCCCUGUAGUCACUAGCUAACAAUACAUAAAUUUGAACUUUUAUAGACUUGGGUAACUUAGGUAGUUAUUAUAUAUCAAUAUAAGAAUAUCAGUA